CCCAAGGGGUCUAUUAAUCUCCCACUCGCACCGUUUUCCUUGGUGGUGGUGGACUGGUCUUCUUUCCCUUCAGCAACCGAUUCCUUCCCUUUCGACUAAUUACUGGCACGAGGCCCAAGGUUAAUUCUCUUUUUUAGCCAUGGCUCCCACUCGUUUAAGCUUCAGGGCUGCUUCUUUCUUUUGCUUUGUUGCUGCCGCCCAGGCAUUUGCUCCGCGGCAAUUAAAAUACAGGAGAGACAAGUCAUUCACUCGCGACGGCUGCUUUGUCGACAAUGCCGGCGGCCAGCGCGCCUUGACUGGUCCGAGUUAUGCCGAUGAUUCGAUGAAGGUUGCGAGCUGCGCCGAGUUCUGCUCCAAGUACCACUUCUUUGGCCUCGAGUAUGGCCGUGAGUGCUACUGCGGAAACUCAAAUGCCGCCGCCCGUGCCGAUGACAGCGACUGCAACUUCCGAUGUGCCGGUGCGUCUUGCGAGACGUGUGGAGCUGGCGACCGUCUCGACAUCUUCACGAAUCUCCUCUACGUCGCGCCAGAGCCUGCCACUCUCGAUGUACCAUACCUCGGCUGCUUUGUUGACGAGGGUGCUCGUGCACUGCCAGACAACCUCCUUGGCGCAGACAAUAUGACAGCCGAGGUUUGCCAGCAGCACUGUGCCGGCUACAAUUACUUUGGGGUGGAAUUUGGACGUGAGUGCUGGUGCGGCAACUCUUAUCCAUCCCAAGACCUGGCUCCUGCUUCGGAUUGCUCCUUCACCUGCGCCGGCAACGAUGCCGAGAUCUGCGGAGCUGGCAAUCGCAUCAAUGUGUGGGGUUCUCCGCUUCCAUCGACAUCGCCGUCGGAUGCCGUCCCCUCGUCAACCGGGGACCCAACCACGCUCGACACCGUGACACUUCCUUCUUCCACCAUCUUCUCGGUGCCGUCGUCCACUGAAAUCCCCAGCCCGACGACAAUCACAUCAUGCUCAGCAGCACCCACGUAUAUUGGCGUCCCGGAGACCUGCUGGGCCUCGGUACCGGACCAGUGUAGCACUCUCAGCGUCCCAGGCGCCCCCCUCUCGUGCUAUAGUGCCUUCCUCGCCAGCACAGAGGUAGCGCCCGCGAUAUCAAGCUGCUUCACCGCCAUGAUCGGACCGGCUUUCACUGCCACAAGCAUGUACAGCUGCAUCCAAAACGCCCCGUCCGUCUACUGCCAGUACACCACGCCACCUUGCGAAGCGACAGCCACCGGGGGCACCGGCACACCGCCGGCACCGACCAACGCCGUGACCGAUGGCGGAUUCGAGUCGGGCGGCGUCGCAUCAUGGACCCCAAUCGGCUCUACAGCUGACGACUCCAUCAUGCAGGUGUCCGUCUCGGGCGAUCUCCCGCACACCGGCGCCAAGAGCCUCAAGGUGGUUUACAACAACGCCAACGGCCGCAGCCGCAUGUACAUGAAGCAGAUCUCGCUCCAGCCGGGCGCCACGCACCUGAUCUCGUGGUGGUGGUACUCGACCAACUCGGCUUCAUCCAGCUGGUCGCAGAUGCAGCUCACUGGCGGCGGCGUCUCCUUCAUUUUUACGGCGCCCACCUUGAAUGGACCCACCAACCAGUGGGUGCAGGCCACGAAGACCUUCACGGCCCAGACUUCCUUUGCGACGAUCUGGUUCAGCGUGAUGGCGAACAUGGGCGCUGCAGGGAAUACAUUCUAUGUUGAUGACAUCUCCAUUACGCAAGUAGUAGAUUAGAGGGACUUGCAAAUGCAACGGUUCCCAGCAAUUGUUUCGUUCAUACUCGUGUAUUAUAUUUUCCUCAGUAUAAUAAUAACCGACACUUGAUUUGAUUCUUUAUUAA